AUGGCGCGCGGGGCGGGGUGCCGGCGUGGGGCCGACGGGGAAGGGGAGAGGGUUGCCCGGGCCGGCGGGAGAGGGAGAGCGCACGGGUCGGAGGGGGCGCGGAGGCAGGGGCACACACGGAGGCGGAGGGACGGGGAGGGAGACAGAGACAGAGACAGAGAGCUGACUAGCAGCACGGACAGAGGUGGCGUACGGAAGACACAUGUGCGGACAUCUUUUAUUCUGGCAGGCGAGCGGGGGUGGGGGCCGUGA